AUUAAAACAGCGGGGUUGUUAUCAGGAAGUGGGCCAAAAAAAAGUUAAAAAUGGACUAAACCCCAACGUGAACUAACGGUAGGACGCAUUGGAGCUUAAAAACAACCAAGAUUUGUUAAGCGAAAACGUAAUUUCCUCAUUGUCUGUAGAUGUUUUCUACUGAGCGGUAAAGUUGUCAAAAUAAGCGGGUCAUGAACGAGAAUUUUAACAGAGCUCCCGGAGCUGGGAGAAGCCGAAAUCUUCCAGCGGACGCCGCACACUCGAGUGCAGUUUGGGACAGCAGCAAUCAAUUACCAUUUUUCAACCAAAGGGGACCUUUGAGACAACCUCAAACAUACACAGCUCCCGGCCACUCCAACAUUAGCACGGCCACUGAAAAUGGCGCUGCUGCUGCUAGUGGAGAGAGCAAAAGACAAAGCGUAGGCCAGCACAGUGUAAAUGCCAACAGUCCUUCAGUGUCCAGGGGGUGUAAUCAUUUGGAUUCCUUGGUUGAGUCGUCCAAACUCUCUGCCAGCGCUCCAGAGUUUGUCCCGACUGCUGUGUACCAAAAUGACGUCCACACCUUUUAUGAGGACAACGACGACACUUUCAGCAUCCCAUCCUUGGCAGAUAUGGUCCGAGACUUCCUUUGCCACCUGAGCUCCUCACCUGGAAUGUUUGAGUCGGACGUCGAACACAUAACAAGUGUGCUAAAUUCAUAUGUUACUACAGAGGUGUUGUUGGCAGAGCUGGUGGAGCUGAUCUACACAGAGUCCACCGCCAUUCCCAACUUCGCUUACACAGGCGCACGCCUUUGUAACUAUCUGUCCCAUCAUCUCAACCUCAGCCCACCCAGCGGUAACUUUCGUCAGCUGCUCCUGCUAAAGUGUCACAAAGAAUUUGAGCAGAGCGAUGUCGCCUUGCAAGGGGACUCUGACACACAGAAGAAGUUCCAUGCUUUUGUGCUCUUUCUUGGAGAACUCUACCUACAUCUGGAGAUAAAGAGUGGCAAAGGAGCUCUAAAUCGAGCUAAUGUCCUUCUGGUCGCAUUGAAAGACCUGUUGAACACUCUGCUCUCCAGUCCUGUGGAUGCAAACAUCAUCUGUGCUGUCAAACUGCUCAAGCUGACAGGUUCCGCCUUGGACGAUGCUUGGAAAGAAAGAGGAAACCCAUUCAUGGAAGAGCUGAUCCACAGGAUAGAAACUAUUGUGCUGGAUGCCACAUGCAGUAGGGAUGUCCGACAAAUGCUACUAAAGCUCGUGGAGCUGAGGUCUAGUGACUGGGGAAGAGUGUGCGCUGCAGCGGCCAGCAAUGCUACGCCUGACAACGACCCCAACUACUUCAUGGUGAAUGUGCUGUGUACUGUACUGCGCCUCCUUUAUUCGUUACAUAAACCUGUUAUCCCUGCUUUUUCUGACAGAACGAGCCCACGUUCUACACAGAGGACGGCACUCCUUUUACAGCAGCAGACCCAGAAUACGCUGAGAAAUACCAGGAGCUCAUGGAAAAGCAAGACUAUUUCCAUGAUUUUGGUGGGGAAAAUGAAGCUGAAAAUGAUGAAUACGACUUUGACGACGAGAUGGAUCCCGAAAUCGAAGAAGCCUUUGAAAAUUUCUGUUUAGAGUCUGAGAGGAAACGACAGCAAUGACAUCAGCGGCCAUCUUGAGUACUUUGUAUAAAGUUGUGAAGCAAAACACGCUACUGUCUCAUAACCUCCAAAUAUUAUUUGACUGUAAACAAUAAGCAAUUUAACAAAGCUGUUUAUAGGUGCACUUCUUACACUUUGUUUCCAGUCAGAGUAGAUUAGAAAAGGCAGACAAUCGAUAUGAUGAUUUAAGAAAAAGAAAAAAAAAGUUGAGCUACUAAUAGUUCCUUUGUUCCUGGACACUCCCAUUGUUUGUUUCGUUUUGCCAGAAGUCUUUUAGCCAUCUUGAAAAUAGUUUGAGCCCAUAAUAACCACCAAGAGGGACAUAGAGUGCUGUGGUGUUUGUUUUUCUCAAAUGUUUCCAAUUUUUUUUUUCAAAGUGCACAAGUCUUGGUGAGCAUUAGAAAUCUGUAAGAUAUAUAUAAGAUCCUGAAUGUAGGCCUCAAUCAGUGGUUAAAAUCCACUUCAUUAAGCGUUUGUUGUCAUCUGAGACUCGAGGCCGUGAUGGUCUUUUAUAGCGUGCGCAUUUUAUUUAUAAUAUUGUUUGCCUGCAAUAAAAUCUUUAUAAUGUG